AUGAGUAAUUCUUUGGAAGAAAGAUUGAAAGAGCAUUCAUCAGCUUUUGAUAGCUUGUUGUCGCUAAUCCCGGCAAAGUAUUUCUACGAUGAUGCUACACAAGAUCAGUGGCAGCAAAAGAAAGCUUCCAAAGCAGAGGCAAAACAAAAGAAAAAAGCCAAAUUUAAUACAUCCCUUAAGGAGAGUGCAAAUGAGUAUCAGAACUCGUAUGCAACAGCAAAGGACGUGAUGGAAAACAAACAGCAGAAAGAGAAUGCGAAGCACAUUACAUCGAAGAAAAUUAAUGUAUCGAACGGGUCAUCCAUAAAGGGCGAAAAAGAAGAAGAAGAAGAAGAAGAAGUUUUACCCGAAGAGGGAUCAGAUGUACUGAAUCAGAGUAGUGUUGAGGAAGAAGAAGAAGGAGAAGAAGAAGAAGAAGUGUUAAUCACCCCGCAAACUCACUUGAUAUUUGAUGAUGAAGGUAACGAAAUUGAAGACCAAGAGCAGGAACCGAAUACAAAGCAAAAGAAAAAUGGUAAAUCAAAGAAACCAGAGCUAUCAGAAGAAGAGGAGGCAAAGAGGAAAGAAAACUUGGCCAAAUUGAAGGAGAAAUUGGAAUCCAAGAUUAACAAUUUACGUGAAAAAAGAAAAGCUGUAGGAACAAAAACAGCAGGCGCUCCAACUUCUCGUGAGCAAAUACUCGCUGAACGAAGGAGGAGAGAGGAAUCAAAGCAGCAGAAAAGAAAGCACGAGGAACUUGAAGAAAAUGAUGACGUUGAGGAUAAUGACUCUGGCGAGUCUGAAGAUGAGAGAUCUAAUGACGAAGAAGACCACGCUGUUUUGUAUGGUAAUAUUGCAUUUCUGGAUGGAUCACAACUUACUUCAAAUUUGUCGUCAAUCCGUCGAUCAGCUGAUAAAAAGAAGAAACAGGGUCCAGCUAAUAAGGACAUUAAAGCUCAUUUGUUAAAGUUGGAGCAAAAGAAGAGGAAAUUAGAAAACUUGUCACAGGAAGAACAAGCUAAACAAAAAGAAAAAGACAAAUGGCAGAGAGUGAUGUCACAAGCAGAAGGUAUAAAACUAAAGGACGAUGAAAAGUUGUUGAAAAAGGCGUUGAAAAGAAAGGAGAAGAAGAAGUUGAAAAGUGAAUUAGAGUGGAAAGAACGACAACAGGUUGUGAAGGAUACAGUUUCAGCUAGAGCAAAGAGAAGAGAAGAAAAUUUAAAGGCUCGUAAAGACGGUAAGGGGCAAAAGAGGAAAAAUCUACCAAAAUUGAGAAAGUUUACUGGAGUUGUUAACAAGAACAAAAACGGACAAAACAAAAAGAAAAGAGCAGGAUUUGAAGGAAGUGCCAAAUCAAGGUCUAAAAAGUAA